AUGGCUCAGAGAGGAGUUCAGCUGGAGAAAUUCUCCUGUUCCAUCUGUUUGGAUCUACUGAAGGAUCCGGUGACUAUUCCCUGUGGACACAGCUACUGUAUGAAUUGUAUUAAAAUCUUCUGGGAUGGAGAAGAUCAGAGGAGAAUCCACAGCUGCCCUCAGUGCAGGAAAACCUUCAGACAAAGGCCUGCCCUGGAGAAAAACAUUCUGUUAGCAGAGCUAGUGGAGCAUUUGAAGAAGACUGGACUCCAAGCUGCUCCAGCUGAUCACUGCUAUGCUGGACCUGAAGAUGUGACCUGUGAUGUCUGCACUGGGAGGACGAUGAAAGCUGUCAAGUCCUGUCUGGUUUGUUUGACUUCUUACUGUGAGAAUCACCUCCAACCUCACUAUGAUGUCACUGGAUUAAAGAAACACAAGCUGGUGGACCCCUCUAAAGAUCUACAACAGAACAUCUGCCCUCAUCAUGAUGAGGUGAUGAAGAUCUUCUGUCGUACUGAUCAGCAGUGUAUCUGUUGUCUCUGCUCUAUGGAUGAACAUAAAGGUCAUGAAACUGUCCCAGCUGCAGCAGAAAGGACCGAGAAGCAGAAGGAGCUCCAGGUGAGUCAACAACAAAUCCAGCAGAGAAUCCAGGACCAAGAGAAAGAUCUGAAGCUGCUUCAACAGGAGGUGAAGGCCAUCAAUGUCUCUGCUGAUAAAACAUUGGAGGACAGUGAGAAGAUCUUCACUGAGCUGAUCCAUCUCAUCCAGAAAAGAAGCUCUGAUGUGAAGCAGCAGAUCAGAUCCCAGCAGGAAACUGAAGUGAGUCGAGUCAAAGAUCUUCAGAAGAAGCUGGAGCAGGAGAUCACUGAGCUGAAGAGGAAAGAUGCUGAACUGAAGCAGCUCUCAAACACAGAGGAUCACAACCAGUUUCUCCACAACUACCCCUCACUGUCAGCACUCAGUGAGUCUACACACUCAUCCAGCAUCAAUAUUCGUCCUCUGAGAUACUUUGAGGAUGUGACAGCAGCUGUGUCAGAGCUCAGAGAUAAACUACAGGACAUCCUGAGAGACACAUGGACAAACAUCUCACUGACAAUCACUGAGGUGGAGUUUUUACUGUCAGAACCAGAAAGAAAGACCAGAGCUGUAUUCUUAAAAUAUUCACAAGAAAUCACUCUGGAUCCAAACACAGCAAACAUGAAGCUGUUAUUAUAUGAGAACAGAAAAGUAACAUCAAUAGACCAACAACAGUUUUAUCCUGAUCACCCAGAAAGAUUCACUGAUUAUAAACAAGUCCUGAGUAGAGAGAGUCUGACUGGACGUUGCUACUGGGAGGUGGAGUGGAGAGGAAAGGUUCACGUAGCAGUUUCAUACAAGAACAUCAGGAGAGAUGGAUGGUCUGAGGAAUGUUCCUUCGGAUUCAAUGACAGAUCUUGGUCAUUAUCUUGUGACACAACUUGUCACACAUUUUAUCACAACAGAGUUGAAACUCCAGUACCAGGUCCAGUUUCCUCCAGAAUAGGAAUGUUCCUGGAUCACAGAGCAGGUAUUCUGUCUUUCUACAGAGUCUCUAGAACCAUGACUCUCCUCCAAAGAGUCCAAACCACAUUCACUCAGCCUCUACAUGCUGGGAUUUGGCUGUCAGUUGGUGGAUCUUCUGCUGAGUUCAUUAAACUGAAAAAGUCAGAACUGUUCUGAGGUCCAGUUGGUUAAAAUGUGUAUUUUAGUUCCAGUUUCUUUAGUCUCCAUCAUUGUUGCUGAGAGCUCAUUGUUGUGUCAUUUCUUCACUGCUCAGAGAUCAACUGUCUUUAUGGAGCUACUUUGUCAUCUUGUUUGUUGUUUUGUUGAUGUUGGAGUUUGUUUGGGUGCUGCCCCUUCCUGUUUCUGUUCAGCCAUGGAGGCUAUCACUGCUUUUUAUUCAUUCAUUCAUCUUUUCUACCGCUUAUUCCAUAGUGGGUCAUGGGGGAGCUGGUGGCUAUCUCCAGCAGUCUAUGGGCGAGAGGCAGGAUAGACCCUGGACUGGUCCCCAAAUCCAUCCAAGGGCAACACAGAGACACACAGGACAAACAACCAUGCACACACUCCUUCACACCUAAAGGCAAUGUAGAGAGACUGAUUAACCUAACAGCCAUGUUUUUGGAUUGUGGGAGCUGGAGUACCCCGAGAGAUCCCACGUCUCCAUGGGGAGAACAUGCAAACUCCAUGGAGAAAGAUCCAGGACCUUCUUGCUGCAAGGCAACAGUGCUACCAACAGCGCCACCGUGCAGCCACUGUGCAGAUGUUUAUUCGCCUAAACUAAUUACUUUUACAUUCAUUGCUUUGUCAGACCAAAUGUUGUUUACAGAUGAGCUGAUGGAAACUGUAAUUAACAUGAUCAUCAUCAAUCAGGACAUCAGUCAUUAUUUUAUUGGACGAACAUCAGAUUCUGGAUCAAACUGAUUGUAGAAAUUAAAUUAAAAUAGUAGAAUAUUACUGAACAAGAGUCUUUAUCAGAGUUUACUUUUUUAUGUUUUGAGCAGAUAUAUGGACACAAAUAUUGUGUUUACAUUUUUAUAGUUUACAACAUUUUGUUUUGUGCAGACAAGUGAUCACAACCUUAAAAUGUAUUAUUAUAUCCAGCAAUCUGUGGCUGUAAAUGUUUUGUUUAUUGAAAACUUUAAAAAAGUUAAAAUCAGUUUAGUAUUUGAUUGAAAUGAGAUUACUUCCUACAUUUAACGAUUAUCUAUCUGAUUAUUCAAUAUUAUUCUUUGUUUCUUUUUGCUGUUUGUUUGUUGGUUUUUCUUUGCCUCCGGUUUCUAUCUCAUGUAAAGCUCUUUGUGUUGCCUUAUAAAUAAAGAUUGAUGGAUUAAAC